GACAUUGGCAGACGACCCGUCGAAGGCGCGCACAUGUACGCACUUUCUUUCUAUAGACGCGGUUAAGAAACGUAAUUACAUUUUAAAGGAAAGAAUACACUGCUUUCGGCGUCACGUAACUGCACAGGCGAGUCACAUGAACGCGGCAGCGACUUCCGCGUUCCUGCUUCUUGCAGCUGUCCUGGUAUCGUCAGAAUUCAUCGGACAGGUAGCUGUGGGGCCGCUCUCACAGAACAUUGAGGAGGGAGGCUCCUGCCGAUUCAGCAUGGAGUGCCAAUCCAAGUGCUGCUCCAAGGUGUUCCCCAGGGGCGACCAGGCCGGCAGUCCGAGGCAGUGCCGUCGCUUCGCUGAGAUCGGCGAGUCGUGCAGCGAUGAGCAGAUCAAGGGAGGCAUCUACGUGAACGGUUGUCCCUGCCGUGUUGGCUACUGCGACAGGGACGGAUACUGCAAACAGGAGUAAGAAGGGGAGCUCAGAUCGGCGGCGUUCAAGUUGCUCGGCACUCUGAAGGCCGUAAUGCUCAGCGCGAAGCUCAAUAAACAGGUGUAAAGAAAUA